AUGCUUGACUUCCUGGGUGAGAAGAAUGGACGACCAGAAUCCAAAAUUUUCACCACACUUGGCACGCUCCCCGGCUACAUCGACCGUAACCAACCACCAACCAAGAAACUUCCGUGGAGAGCGAUCAACGAUGUCAGCUUUGUCAGGAGCGUCGAGAUGAUCCUGCCUGAAGAGUUGUACGAGCUCAUAUGGACCAAAAUCGAGCAGGAGUUGAAACCUGUUAAAUAUGCCAGGGUUAUCAUGAAGUUGGAAGAUGUGCUGGAUGGAGCUUUCUUCACUGAGUACAUUAAGAAAGGUAGUAUCCUCAUGCUGUCCGAGGGUCAACCGGGCGUAGACAAUGUCUUCUCCUUGCGAGAUGGUAUGCCUCCUCUGGGUGUCCAGUCCCAGAUCGUGAUGCCAGAGGCAUACGAGCGUGCCGGAUUGCAGGGUCAGCCAUGUCGGGGAGGCGGUAGAAAGCAUGUCAAAGCUCGAUACGUGGUCGAGGUCAACCUGAGACAGCCUUCGAUGCUGCAUGGAAAGAAGGGCUUCGAGCGUGUGGUAUGGGCAGCGAAGAACGUGCUGAACAGAUCAGUCACCUGGCUCUUCUACCAUCUAAGAAGUGCUGAUGAUAGCAAUUCAGUCGACCAUGUGCCGCCCAUCUCGAAGCAUCAUCCCACCAUGAUCGAUUUCACACCAAUAGGAAGGCACAACCCGGCUGUUCGAGUACCACAACUGAGGCUUGACGAUGUGAUCGAGGAUCAUACUACUUCCGAUGUGGGAGAGUGGACUCACGAUGUUGUUGAAUGGCUCGGUCUGAUGGCUCUUGAUUCUGCUAGGGUCAGGGAAAAAGAUAGCAUGGACUCUUAUUUGUGUAGGUGGACGUUUCCAUCAGGCACGACUGAGGAUGCAACAUCAGUUCGAGUAUUACAAUGGAAGGGCAUGGUUGAUCUAGGAUGGGUCACCCAGCUGCUCAUCAGUUGCAUCGGACCGCCCAGAAUCCCAACGGGCUGUCACGAGCUCUGUACAGCCUCGAAGCCGUUGCCCUCAACAGUUUGCUUGAUGGUGGAAGCCCAGGUUCUCGUUGGGGCCUCAUCCACUCACGCUACCAACCCACCCCUUUCGCCAGGAACCACAAAAAGGAGACUGACGCGCUUUAGUUUUCAAACCAAAAUUCUGCCGGUGGAUUCCUCCAGCACGUGGCUUGCCCUGACCGUUCAAGCUUACCCAACAGCCGCGGUUAACGCCAUAGAUGGCUACAGCAUUGUUCUCACGGCGGACGCCGACACCAUUGAGGUGGAGACAUCGAGAUCAAUAUCGGGAGAAUCAGCUGAACGAGAGCCGUCUACUCAUGCCACUAUCGAGGGCAAUGUGAAGGGUGCUAGCCAAGGAAGAAGAGGACUGGCAAAUUUUGCAUGUUUUCAAUAUUUCGACACUCUGACUGCUGGCACCCCUCAUCAACCCUCAGGUAUACCAAAUCCGAGCUCAUAUCAACCUGCUAUGUUUGCGAGCAGCAGCUCUCCUGAUGCCGGGAAUGACUUUGAACACACCAACACCAGACAGGGCAUCUACUGUCCCGAGCCACUCAACAACAACAUUGGCUUUAAUGCCCUCGGCGACCCCUUCUAUUUCGACUACACUUUCGCCGCCUCUUCCGCUCCCGCUCCCGCUCCCACUACUGCCCUGGCCAAGCAUCUCAGCGGCCUCCCAGACACCGACUUCAAUCUGGUCAAUCCCUUCACCCCCCUCGGUGCCACCAAUAGUUCCCUCUUGCCAGACGCCGGCAACCUCCAGCACCAGCCAAUUCCGCCACUAGCCUACCCUCCUCCUUAUCAGGCUUUUCCUCCAGGCCUGCAACAGCAACAACAAUACGCCAGCGUCCUCUCAAUGCCCACAGCGCUGCCACAACAACCACUCACCCGCCUUCGUCCCAAGUCCCUUCGCCUCCACCUCUUCCACCCCUACCAUCCGCAGACCACCACCCUGCCAACACCCCAGGCCACCCCCCAACACCACCAUGACCCCUACAACCUCCACCCCCACCCCCCCAAUCCCAAUCCCACCACCAUCACCACCACCGAACCCAAACCCCGCGCAAACACCCCCGCAGCCAGCCCCACACCUCGACGCAGCACCACGCCCACGCCUCCACUUCGGGCGCGCUCACCUUCCACACCACGGUCGGGCCGGCCCCCAACAACCCCUACCAAUCGCGCUCGUUCAGCAAGAAGGAGCGGAGGAAGGUGGCGCAGCCGCACGAGGCGUUCCUGCGGCGCUGGGGGUUCACCCUCGGCCGAGUAUGCGCGCAUCAGGCGCAGGGGCAAGGAUGGCGAGAGCGAGGAGCUGCCGGAGCGGAUGAGGAGGGAGUUGGGUUUGGGGAGGGUUUGA